GUCACGUCACAUGACGUCACAGGCUGGUAAAGAGAAAUAAAGCAGCCAGUGCCCGUUUUAGCCGAGCGUCUCUGGACCUGGAUCAUGUGUGACGACGACCACCGUUAAAGUCGCCAGUAUUUCCCGGAGGAAAUUCAACAUUUUGCAUCGCUUUUUGUUGUCGUUUUAGCAUCGGGGCAGCGGGAAUGGCGUACGCGGGCACCACCAACACCACCACCACCACCGCUAUGGCUACUUCUGUGGCGGCUGUUGUGGCCAUGCUAGCCGUCGUCCUGAGCUCUUCUCCGGUGAGCGCCAACGAGGACUGCCUGUGGUACGUGGACAAGAACGGCACCUGGCACAACGGCUUCGACUGCCCGCUCGUCACUUUCUGCUGUGGAAACUGCCAGCGGCGUUACUGCUGCCUGGACGCCUUCAAGAUGAUCACUGAGCGCGAGCAGAAGCGUUGCAUGCUCUUCCAGUUCAGCCCGACUACGUUAGCUGGCAUCGCCUCGUCCAUCCUGCUCUUCGUGGCCAUCAUUGCCACCAUGGUGUGCUGCUUCAUGUGCUCCUGCUGCUACCUCUACCAGAGACGACUGCAGAGGGGAAGGACUCCUUAUGACCCCCAGGGGAUCCCAAUGGCGAGCUACCCUGUGGAGCCAAUGUAUGACGCUUAUGGAAAACCACUGGGACCGACUGACUAUGCACAUGCAGGCUAUCCUAUGGCCCCCCAGUACCCAGGCAUGGCUUCCCAGUACCCCAUGAUGCAGCCUGGACCUUAUCCACCUCCUUCUAUGGAUCCUGCAUACAACCAGCCCCCUCCUCCGUACUCCCCGCCCCAGUAUCCUGGUCACUGAUUGGCUCAUCUGGACUCACGCACACGUUCGAUAUAUACAAAGUGGUAACAGCAGAGACAACGGACUGUUUUUAAAACGCACCUCAUCAAAUAAUGCUUUAGAGUGUUUAACCAGCAAACAAAAGAUAACAAAUAAUAAUAUUUAGCAGGUUAUUUAUUUUUUUGUUACUGUCUUAA